AUGGGUGAAUGGGAAAACGCAGACGGCCGCCGCAAACAAGCGGUCCAAAUGCUACUGGCGAGUGUGAGAGUUUUAUCGUCAACUUCAUCUCAUGGGAAAGGAAUCAACGCUUCACUGGAUUCAACGACUUCAAAAGAGGAUAAUCCUCCAGUAGCUUCACUUUCGAAUAUGAGUACGAUAUAUGAGGAAGAGAAAGAGGAACAAGAAGAACUAAAACCAGCUCAAGCUCAACCAUGGAUUGAUAUCAUCAAAGCAAAAGAGAAUGUCAACAAAGAAAAGGGUGGUAACCUGGAAAAGAAGGCAGAUGAUAAUGAUGGAAACUUGGGAACUAAGGCUGAAGAAGAUUGGAGAAUUGUUGCUCCUAAUAGAACAAUUGGAAGAUCCGGGCCUGCUACAAUUGCAAGAUUUGCAUUAUUUUCGUAUAGAGACACAACAUGA